UGCAGCGUUUGCUGUUGGAUCACGCGUUGUUCAAGUUGUUUGAGAUUGUUUAGCGCCUCGAAACUAAGUAAAAUAUUUAUCAGUCUUUUCGUCUUUUCGUUAUUUAUUUAUUUUUUGUCUUUUUUCAUUGUGUUAAGAAUGUCGUCGGUCAUAAACACUGUACAAGCGGUGUGCAACAGGCAGGAAAAAGGGGAUAAGGACCAUCCUCGUGUGCUGAUCCCAGAGCUUUGCAGACUCUUCUAUCAGCUGGGCUGGGUGACAGGAACCGGGGGAGGAAUCAGCCUGCGGCAUGGUGAGCACAUUUAUAUAGCUCCCUCAGGUGUUCAGAAGGAGAGAAUACAACCAGAGGACUUGUUUGUGUGUGAUAUUGAUGAGAAGGACAUCAGUUGUCCACCUCCACAGAAAAAGCUAAAGAAAAGCCAAUGCACGCCCCUCUUCAUGAACGCCUACACAAAGAGAGGAGCUCAGGCAGUUAUCCAUACACACUCAAAGGCUGCUGUUAUGGCAACUCUCAUGUUUCCUGGCAAGGAAUUCCGCAUCACGCAUCAAGAGAUGAUCAAGGGGAUUCGAAAAGGAAACUCUGGUACAAACUACAGGUAUGAUGAAACUCUAGUUGUUCCAAUUAUUGAGAACACCCCAGAGGAGAAAGACUUAAAAGAGCGCAUGGCCCGAGCCAUGGACUCGUACCCCGACUCCUGCGCUGUUCUCGUCCGCAGACACGGGGUCUACGUCUGGGGAGAGACCUGGGAGAAAGCAAAGACAAUGUGUGAAUGUUAUGACUACUUAUUUGACAUAGCUGUGCAGAUGAAACAGUGUGGCCUGGAACCCUCUGCUCUUCCCACUGAAGAUAAAGGCAUUGUUUGAUACAUUUAAGUCUGUUAAGUUACCAAAUGUAACCACUAUGUUUUCAAAAUAAUAAAUGCUUAAUGCAUUUUUGCACAAUGUAUGAUGUUCACAACAAUAUUCUUUUCAGUAUUUGUUGUACAAGUUUAAGUUUAAUGUCAAUUACCUGCAAACAGAAUGUAUUGUAAGAAUAAUGAUUAGAAUGGCUUGCAUGCCAUUCUACAGCAUUCUGAAAUUAAUGUCAUUCUUCUUUUUGUGUGGAUGCUAUGAUGCUUGGCAACAAUGGCAUCAUAAUGUCAUAAUUAGCAUUUGUUGCCUAAUUUGGCAGCUGUUUUUAUUCAAAUGAAAUUGCUAUAAAAUAAAAGUGCUUUAAGCUAA